AUGAUCUCGGGGGAAUUCCCGAGAUUUUGUAAAUUACAAACAACAUGGCGACAACUCGGUGGGCUCUCCUCGAAUCAGUUGUAAUAGUAACAUUUUUCAUAAGUUCACAAGUGGAAUUAUCUUUUUCUGAAGGAGUAGCCUACAGCCUUUUUAACAGUGAUUCAGAGCUAGAUUCUGUGAUAUCUUUUGGACAACACCAUACCUUAUACAAAAGACAGAGUGGUAACUUAAGUGAUCCUACAACAGCGCCACCUACCACAGCAUCAAAGAGUCCCACCACACAGCCACAAACCACCACCCAGCUACCGACUACAACACCAGAUUAUACCGAACAAAAGCUCAGCCAGAAUCAUAAGUAUUACAAGUCCAAGGUUAUAACUACCACAGCGGAAUUCCCGAACUACUGGACAGAGCUUUACAAUGUCAAACAUAGUGAACCGCUAUCAGGAAGUCAUAGAGUAGCAGUGAGCGUACCAAUCAACUUUAAGUUCAAAUUUUAUGGUCAUGAAGUUACAAAAAUCACCAUAGCGACAGGAGGUUUCCUUUAUAUGAGCCCAUUUCUGCACCAAUGGUUGACUGCUACUCAAUACAUAGCUCCAUUGAUGGCAAACUUCGAUACCUCAAUGAAUAACGAUUCCAUUAUUCUCUAUAAAGAUUUUGGUGAUAAAUUUGUGGUCGAAUGGCAGCGGGUUUUCCUUCAGGACCAAAAUCACACCAAUCCUUUUUCAUUCCAAACAACUCUUCAUACUAAUGGAACCAUAUAUUUUGCAUACAGAGAUGUACCUGUGGAGGUAUUUAACAUUGAGGUGAAGAACCACCCAGUAAAAGUGGGCGUGUCUGAUGCCUUCUACAUAGACACAAUCCAGGGAGUUAAAAGUAAAAAUACGUCUCAUCAUCGAUACUCUGAUUCCAACGAAGGUGUACAGAGAAGAACUAUUUAUGAAUAUCAUCGAGUGGAGGUCGACUUUAAGCGUGUACGCUCUCAAUCGGUGGUUAUUUUGGAACCACUAGCAACUUGUAAUAUUGCCAAAGACUGCAACACUUGUUUAACUCAGGAUGAUUCAUUUGAUUGUAAAUGGUGUCCCCAAGUUAGUAGAUGUUCCGAUGGCAUUGAUUGGAAAAGACAAGAAUGGAGAGAUAGGGGCUGUGAAAUACAGGCAUUCGACAAUCCGGCUAAAUGUGUUCCGCCUACAACAGAAUCACCUACAACCAAAUCACAAACAGACAUACCAACAAAACCUAACACAACUUCUAUGGCACCUUCUAUAAGUACACUAAAACCUACCACAAGUACAUCUAAAUCCAGUACACUAAAACCUAACACAAGUACACCUAAACCCACCACAAGUACACCUGUACCGACUACCACAAGUACACCUAAACCCACCACCACAAGUACACCUAAACCCACCACCACAAGUACACCUGUACCGACUACCACAAGUACAUUUAAACUAACCACAAGUACACCUAUUCCACAAUCAACAUUGGUUGCUUCUCAGAAGAAUGGGGAUGGAUGCAUGCCAGGGUCCAGCAGAAGUAACUGUUCAUUCAAAAGUGCCCAGAAAAGUGGUGACAGUGCCACGAUAGCUGGUGUGGUGGUUGCGGUGAUUAUACUCGUGGCUCUCGUGGUAGGAAUCGGAGGCUGGUUUUUCUAUGCUUACACUCAUCCCACAUCCGCUUCAGGUCAAUGGAUGAUCAACCAUCGCCCAAGUGAAAUGAAAGCAAAGAUGAGCAAAAUGAAAUUCUGGAAAAAAGACUCUGGAACAGGGGAGAAAUAUCGCGUAGAAUCUCAGGCCUAGAGAAUAAAAAACAAAUUACAAAAAAGAUGUGAACAUUUGCUCAUCAAAAUAUGAAAUUAAUUUUCUUUUUAAUUAAUUUAUAUUUCAUCCAACCAAGGAAUGUCUUGUUUGGACAAAUAUAUUACAUGUGGUAUUUGUUCCAAUUCUAUUUUUAUCAAUAUAUAGGUAGGCAGUAAUUAAUUAAUCAAAUAUUUUCAUUUUUGUUGAGCAAAUUGGAUACAAGACUGUGAUAUCUAACUAAGUGGUUCCUUCAUUCUACUGUGUUUUCAAAUCUUGUAGAGGACACACCAAAAAAAAAACAUCAAUUUUUGAAUUGAUUCAUAGUCCAUCUUUGUGUCUUGAUUAAAGACUCUCUGUCAGUCCAGUGGAUAGCCAAUGAGAUCUGUGAACUACUGGAAUGAGGGAAUGCCUUAGGAAAGGUUUUAUAUCUGUUCUGCCAUUCUACUCUUCCAUGAUGCCUUAUAAGACUUAAAUGGGAAGAUACAGGAUGCAGUAUAGCAACGUCUGCCAUUUUUUGUGCAUUGUUAUUAUGUCAGUGUGUUGAGAUACUUUUGAGAAUAGGGCAUGAAAAUUUUCUUCUUUUUUCCAUAUGUAAAGAUCAAUCUUUUUUAUGGUUUGACAAAAAAUAUUUGUUUGUGGAGAUUUGAUUGAAUAAUAAUAAUUUUUUUGGGGGGUUAAAUAUUGUAAAAAAAAAUUUUGGAGAUGAAUUUGGGGGUCUCUUCAUACCACAAAAGCAGUGAAAUUGAAACACCACAAAAAUUGCUUAUUUCACAGUAAUUGGGCAUGGAGCAGUUUGAUCAUGCUAGCACUUGGGAAGAUAGGCUUAUUCUUGAUAUACUUAGCUGUUUACUUAAUAUUGUGUGCUUCGAGAAACUGGAGAAUAACAAUGCACCAAAGAGCUGAUGUUGUGUACGUUAUGAUGUAAGCCAUGACCAUACUACAUAUCAUGUUGAUUUUUAUACGAUUUGUCCAAGAAUUCCACUGAAUGUUAUCAUUUUAUUUCUUCUCGUGUAGUUCUGCAAAUUCCGAUCAAUUAACAGUUUGGUAUUAGGCGAGAGAUGUCAUCUUAAUUAUUUAUGUGUUGUAUUUUUAAAAACACUCUGUUACCAUUGACUGCAUGGAAAGGCUCUCUGAUUGGUUGUUUAUAUUACAUCCUAUCUAUGAUUGGUUGUUUUUACUACAUCCUGUCUGUGAUUGGUUGUUUAUAUUACAUCCUCUCUGUGAUUGGCUGUUUUACUACAUCCUAUCUCUGAUUGGUUGUUUGUGCUAUGAUGAUGUACAAGUGGAAUCAUCUGUCAUUUUCCCACCUCUAUUUAGUAGGUUUAAAUAAAAAUCACCAGUUUUAUGUUUAGCUUGUUCUUGUCAGAUUUUACCUGAAUGUAACUGUAUCUUUUUUUAGAUGCAAAUUUGACCACCCCACAGAUUCUACCUUUAAUACUUUAACAUUAGGGCCCGUUACGUGCAGUAUGAUAUGAGUUAGUCUUUAUUUCCACCAGAGAACAAUGUGAAAAUUUUUGACUUAUUGUUUUAAAUUUUUCGUAGCUUAGUAUCCUGCCACCCAAAAAUCAUGACCACCAAAAAUGACAUUUGUUAUCUCUUAUACUUACGAAAUAUCAGCAUUGGAAUUUUCUCUUGCUUGUUAAAGCAUGAAUCUCUAAUUUUACCCCCUGCCUACUUCGUUACCUUUGUUGUUAUUUUUUUUCAGUGCAAUUGAUAAUGUUCAGUGUGAUUGAUAUUUUUAAUUUUGCAUGAUCAGGCACACUUAUUAAUGAAUAUUCUGCAUUAUAUCAGGUUACAUUUAAUAUUCAAAUUAGUCAAACUGACAAUCUGACUUCAUGUUUAUGCAAAUUAAAAAAAAAACAUUCAGGAAAGAUUUUUUUUUUAUUUCUUACACUUGGAUUCAGAUUUUUAGUUCUGUUGUUUAUGAUGUUGUAUGAUCUAAUAUAUAUCAGUUUUCUUGUUAAAUUGUAAUGUUAUUUAGCUUAUUUUUUUCCCUUUCUAUUGUUUAUGAUUUCAAUUGACACAAUGAAACAUUGUUACUGUUUUUCUGUUAUUAGUUCAUGUUCAGUGUAUUUUGAGAUUAUUGCACAAUAUAAUAUACUCGCAUCUUAACAAUUAAGCAAGAAGAAUCAAUUUUUUUUAAAAAUAUUACGUAUUGAGAUUAUCAGAUUUAAUUUUCUAUUUAGCUCAUAUAUAUUUUCUAAUUGUACAAAAGAACUUCUAUGAAACCUUAAAAUGUAUUGAGUUUUAAAAGAACUUGUUCAAAUGUAAUUCAUAUCAAUUGCAACCUUCUUUUGAAAUUUUUCAUGUGAAGCAUACAAAUUGAGAAUCAUUUGAUAAGAAAUCGUACAAGAUUUUUUAGUGAAAUUUUUCUCAAUCAUAUCAUCAGAAAUAAUUUUUUCAAAUUUUUUUCUUUUGAAUUUUAAAUUCGUGAAAUUUUUACAUAGUUUUCACAUGGAAUUCACAUGCUUUGGGCAUGAAAUUUUCAUGAGGCAUUUUAAGUCAAUUGUACCAUUAUUUUAUUUGAAUUUUUUUUUGCCUCUCUUUGGUAAAUUAAAAAAAAUUAACUUCAAUACACUCAGUUCAAUUAAAUCAUAUCCAUUAAUUGAUUGUCAGGUGUGUGAGUGGCAGUUUGUUGCUUAAUAUUUUCUUACUUAAGAAAAGGGAUAGAACAAAGAUUUUAAAUUCAUUUUUACAUUUUUCUACUCUUUCAUUUUUUUUAUUCAGACAUAGACUUAAAAGAUUUCAACAGAACAUUUUUUUAAAAUUGUAUGUUUCAGAUAUAGAAGACUUUUGUAAAAUAGUAUCAAAGAAAUGUACUUAAUAUUUAAAGAAUGGAAGUUAAUAAUUUUUUUAAAUAUCUGAAUGAAAUGCUCUAGCUUAAGUAGCAAUGAACAAUUAGGGGGAAAAAGAUAAUUUGCAGUCCUUUUCAAUUAGAUGACUUUGUUCUUAUAUUCAAAAUGGCAUAAUUAAGAUCAAAUGUUUAUGUACAUACUGAGAUAUUUCUAAUAUAUACAGAUCAUUUCAUAGCCAAGUUUUAUUUGUAGCUGAAUUUACAAAAUUGUAUGGGUUUUCUUUAUUAUUUUCUUUGUUUAUCUAGUUAUCAAAACCUAAAAUAUAUUUUGAAGCAUACACUAUUUUUUUUUUCAGUUUGUAUAUUUAAUCCUCUGUAAUGUUUAAAACACAUGGAUAUCAAAGCAUAUACCAAAAAAAUAAUCUUGCAAUUUUAAAUUUAAAUACUAUGUAUAAUAUGUUAUUUUUGGGUAAAAAAUUCUUAUAUUUAUUCCCUUUACUUCGGUUCAUAUUUUCUAACUUUCUGCAUUCAGUUUCACACAUGUUCUGCCUCCUAGAUUUGUAAAUAUAUUAAUGUUUAAUUUUUAAAAUCAUUCAAAUCUAUUGCAAUGUGUGCAACUUUGACAGAACCUCAUUAAAAACUUGU